AUGAAGGUCACACCCAGAGUACUUUUCAUCGAUGCAUACGAUUCCUUUACCAAUAAUAUAGUUGGGCUGCUCGAAAACAAAUUGUAUGUGGAUGUGACGGUUGUCCGCAUGGAUGACCCAUUUGUGGUCAAACAUUUCCAUGCCCUCCUUAAAGCUUUCGAUGCCGUUGUCGUUGGGCCUGGUCCUGGGCACCCAGCACUGCCCAAGGAUAUCGGAAUCAUUCAACAACUCUGGGAACUAUCUCCGGAGGAUAUGCUACCAGUUUUUGGCAUAUGCCUCGGCUUCCAGUCUUUAGGAUACGCUUUUGGUGCUAAGGUGCAACGAUUGCCGUUUCCAAGACACGGUAUUGUGACAAGGGUGACGCACUGCAAAUCUGAUAUUUUCGAGACAAUUUCAGAAUUUGAAGCAACACAAUACCAUUCUCUACACGUUGAUAUUGGGAAACAAGACCAUGACGAUUUGUGGACAAUUACCACAGCAUGCCCAGAAUUGAAGCCGUUGGCAUGGGACCUCGAUGAUAAGCACACAGAGCGAAUCCUCAUGGGACACAGGCAUGUUUCAAAGCCAUUUUGGGGGGUCCAAUUUCACCCAGAAUCGAUAUGUACCACAACUGAAGGUGCAAGGGUCCUUUCAACUUGGUGGGAACAUGCACAGCAAUGGUCCUUUCAGAAUCAAAGACGGGCCAUGACUUGCGAUCCAGUCUUCCAACAACUUUUAAAUAUGCAAUCAACCCGUGUUUUUAAAGAUUCCUCAAGCAAGGUUGUAUUGAACGGGAAUCAAAAGUCUCAAUUACGUUGGCUACAACAACGCCAAAAAUCGGUACGCGUCACAGACCUGGUGGAGGCCUUGCACGCUUCACAAAGCGAGGUCAUUCUUCUCGACUCGCAAGGCCACAACGCUGGUCGUUAUAGUAUUCUUGGAAUUGUUGAUACAGACCGCACCAGGAAAAUCACAUAUAAUGUCCAAAAGCAUGAGCUCGUUUGCUACUUCGGCAAUUUAGGGAGUCUCCGAGUUUCAGUUGAUAGCCAACAACAAGUGUGGUCAAUUCUUCAAGACUCUAUGACGGACUUUGCAGAACUAGCCUCACCAUAUGGCCUACCUCAAUCAUCGCCGUUUUGGGGUGGGUGGAUGGGCUACGUCUCCUAUGAAGGCGGCUUGGAGUCAAUAGGUGUUACUACUCCAUGCUCUGGCGAAGAACCAGACUUUAAUUUCGCAUUCAUCGAUCGUAGCAUUGUCAUCGACCACGAAGAAGGACUCGUCUACAUUCAAUCACUCAUCGCCGACGAUAUGUCCUGGCUUUCUCGAACCAACGGCCUUGUAUCCAGCUUGGAAGACAAACCAGCCUUGAGCCGGACUAUUUCUUCCCAGAAAAAGGAAAGCUUAAACGACUGUAUAAAACGUGGCCAUAACUCAAAACCAGUUGAGGCAACAUAUCGACAAAAGGUUUUGGCGUGUCAAGCAUCACUCCGCGCUGGCGAUUCGUAUGAAUUAUGUUUAACCGACGAAACGCGAAUCCUCUUGCCUGUGGAAACAAACCCUUGGGAGCUUUAUAAAAGCCUGCGUAUCAACAAUCCAGCCCCGUUUGGCACAUUUAUGCGACUGUCUGGCGCUACAAUUGUUGGAAGCAGUCCGGAGAGGUUCCUCCGCUGGAACCGCGACGGUCAAUGUCAAUUACGUCCUAUUAAGGGCACUGUGCGCAAGACGCAAGAUAUGACAUUUGAUAAAGCUAGCACCAUUCUUAAUUCGGCCAAAGAACGAGCAGAAAAUCUGAUGAUUGUUGAUCUAAUCCGACAUGAUCUGAGCGGGGUCUGCGGCGCUAGGAGUUGUUCAGUUCCCCAGUUGAUGCAAGUUGAGGAAUAUCAGACUGUUUACCAAUUAGUCUCCGUCAUCGAGGGGUGGCUACCCAAAUAUGGUGCUUCUUCGACCACACCUACCGGAAUCGACGUGCUCAAAGCUUCAUUACCUCCCGGUUCUAUGACGGGAGCACCCAAGAAGCGCUCUUGUGAAAUACUUGCUGAUCUUGAACAUCGCCAUCGUGGUGUCUACUCCGGGAUUCUAGGCUACAUGGAUGUCGGAGGCGGUGGGGAUUUUUCUGUCGUCAUUCGAACUGCCUUCCGAUGGGAUGAUGAGGUAGUCUAUAGACCCUCUAAUGACUCGGCCACUCCAGCUACCUUCCACGUGUACCGAGUUGGCGCUGGAGGUGCAGUUACCAUUCAGAGUACAGACAAGGGGGAAUUUGAUGAAAUGGAAACUAAACUCGACAGUGUGCUGGAGACAUUUGUGGGACCCAAAGUGGACAACCAAGGUGCCAUCUCCGUGAAUGGGGUCUCAUCAUCCAAAGAGCAAUCAUGA